GCUCGAUCGAUCACUAUGUGGAGAGAGGAGAGAGGCCGGAAGGUGUGAAGGUGCGAAGGGAGGAGGCGAGGCCGCGCUCAUACGCGGACGCGAGUGACGCGACGAGAGAAUCCGCAGAGCGAGGUCCAGCGCUGCAGGCAGAGGACGAGCAGGACGAGCGGAAAGAAGCAGCUGCUCUCGUGCGCGAGAGACGCAGCGAAGACAUGAAGAAGGGUCUGCAUCCGGCUUUACAGUGGAUUUCGAUCAUCACGCCGCACGGCCGUCUGGUUCGCGUUUUGUCAGCCAAAGCUUUCAAAUUGGACCGCCCUUACUUCGUUAGGGAUCCCGGUAAAGAGUCGGAGACUGUUGGACAGCUCGCCAAGUUCAGGCGCCGUUUUGAAUUUCCUACGAAGAGCAAUUAGCUUUCCAGCGCAGAACUUUUGAUCCAGUCCGCGAGAGAACAGAGAUGGAGGUCAGUUCUUCAGUGGGAAUUCUGAAUGCCCGACCACCACGGUUAGAAGAUGCGGGCCUCGAGGAUUGCGCUUUACCUGCCCAUGCUAUUCAGGAAGCUUUCAGACGUGCCGCGGGUGCAGUGAGGAAUGUUUCUUCGGUUGCAACUGGUAUUCUUGGUGGUAGGCAUGAAAGUGACGAAGAGUGCACACACAAUCCCGGACCCAGCAAUGGUAUUUGGGAGGACAAGUGUUUGGGCUCGUCGGGAAAAGCGACGUUGGGAGAGAAGGAGAGUUGUGUUGAUCAGAAGGCAGGAGGACUCCUUGAGGAAGGACAUGAUUUGUUAGUACAGGGAGGCGACGAAGUAAAGUCGGGCAAGCUUUUGGUUGGGUCUGAAGUGGGCCCGAAGCUAGGAGGGCGAGCUUGUGUUGGGGAAGACGAAGAGGAGGAUAGUGCCGCAGACCCGGAAGAAAGUGAAGGAGGGCCGAUCUUGAUCGGAGCAUACAUGUAGAUGGAGGAGUUUUUUGGACGUCUGUGUGCUGAUUGUCUUGUUUGGAUCCUGAUAGUCUAAAAAUAUUCGGCAACGAAAAUUUGUGAACCGUAUCCGAUCAAGAACUGGCACUGUGUCUGAGCAAGGUAGGACUGGCAUAGGAUUCAGAUGGGGCCCAGCGGCGAUGUAGUAAAGGUUGUUAUCAUUAUCUCCUGACACGUCAACAAUCGCCUGUUAAUUUUGAAAUGAAGCACGUGUAUUUAAUCAUGG